AUGCUGUGUCACUCCCCCCCUCCAUCACCUGCUGUCACCCCUCCCCUCUCCCUCACCGGCUGUGUCACCCCUCCCCCAUCCCAGGUGGUGUACCACCCACGGGAGGUGCGGGCAGCCAUAGUGACAUGCGGGGGGCUGUGCCCGGGACUCAACACUGUGAUCCGCGAGAUAGUGUGGGGGCUCUGGUUCCAGUACGGCGCACGGCACAUUCUCGGCAUCGAUGGUGGGUACCGGGGCUUCUACUCGCGGAACCUCAUGGAGCUCAACCCGUGGGUGAUCAACGACAUUCACAAGCGCGGAGGAACCUUCCUGGGUACUUCCCGCGGCGGGCACGAUACCACCCGGAUUGUCAACUCGAUUGAGGAUAGAGGCAUCAACCAGGUGUUCAUCAUCGGAGGCGAUGGCACGCAGCGAGGGGCGGAGCUCAUUUAUGAGGAGACGAGGCGGCGCGGCCUGAAGGUGGCAGUGGCAGGCAUCCCUAAGACCAUUGACAAUGACAUCGCUAUAAUCGACCGGUCAUUCGGGUUUGACACGGCAGUGGAGGAGGCGCAGAGGGCGAUAUAUGCAGCGCAUGUGGAGGCGGAGAGCACCCGCAACGGCGUGGGGCUGGUGAAGCUCAUGGGGCGGUACUGCGGUCAGAUCGCCAUGCACGCCACCCUUGCGAGCAGGGAUGUGGACUGCUGCCUGAUCCCCGAGGUGCCCUUCCACCUGGAGGGCCCAGGAGGCCUGUUUGACUUCAUUGACCGGCGCCUGUAUGAGAACGAGCACUGCGUGCUGGUCGUGGCGGAGGGUGCGGGGCAGGAGAACAUGGCUCGCCACAUGAGCGCCAGUGAUGAUGACGUUGCUGGUGGUGCAGGGAUGGGGCGAGAUGCGUCGGGGAAUGCGAAGCUGAUGGACGUGGGGCUGUGGCUGUCGGGGCAGAUCAAGAGCCACUUUGCCCGGCAGCGCAAGGAGAUUCAACUCAAAUACAUUGGUGCGGGCAUGAGUGCGGGCAUGUGUGCGGGCAUGUGUGCAUGGGUGGGCAUGAGUGCGGGCAUGUGUGCAUGGGUGUGGGCAUGA